AUGGUCUCCAGCCCUCCAUCAUCACGAGCCAGUACAAAAUCGCUGAAAGUGGACGUUAAAUCUGAGACCAAUUUGAGCUCAUUGAGAGAAGGAGGAACAGUAGGACACAAACCUUCUCGAACAUGGUCAGUUUGGAGCAAGGACUCAGAUGACACAAGAAUUACAGCAGCUGCGGGAAACUCGAAAGCAAAGACCCAGGAGGAUAAACAGGCAGCGGUCUCAAGGAAUGUAGAGUCAGCAGCGAUCGAAGGCUCUUCUUCAAGGCCAAACAAGAACAUAGAGACAGAGGCAACCCCAUCAAGCCAGGUGCAAGAUAGUGAAGAGCGCACAAGCGCACAUGGACAAGAAGCUAACAACGAGUCAAAGAAUAGUUCUUGGUUUUUUUGGGGGAGAAGAUCGAACGCCAAUGAACAAGUUGUAGAAAAUGGGAAUGAAGAGCGAGUGGUAUCUUCUUCUGCUAGCACCAAUGUCAUGUCGAACAAGAUAAUACCUCACUCAACUUCCGAUGCGGUACUAUUGAAGAACAAAAAAGAUACCGAAAUUGCAGAAGAGGCAAGUUCUCAACUGCUCUCCGAACAAAAUCCUAAUAUUGUUGUUCCUAGCUUUGAUAUUCUGCCUCGACAAUCGACCUGGGCCUCACUAGGUUUUACAAUAGGUAAAAUUGCUCGCAGUUGGCACAUAUUGUCUGAUGGGAAUGUUCGACAAAGAUGUCUGUAUCAAAGAGGUCCUGAGGAAACUCUUCACAAGAUAUCAAAUGGAGGUCAAAAACCUAUAAGAGUGCUCAUCGUCGGAGUUCAUGGAUUCUUUCCAACAAAAAUGAUUAGACCGUUCAUCGGUGAGCCUACAGGAACGUCAAUGAAAUUUGUGUCAGAGGCAGAACAGGUUGUUUUAAAGUAUUUUCAAAAGCAUAAAAGACGUAUCGAGAUCAGCAAGAUAGCACUUGAAAGGGAAGGAGAAGUUAUGGAUCGUGUCAAUUUUUUCUUUGAUGUAAUGAAAAAUUGGACCAAGGAAUUGAAUCAGGCUGAUUUUAUUUAUUUCGUUGCACAUUCUCAAGGUUCUCCUGUGACAAUGUUGCUCCUCGGUCAAUUAAUUGAUAAUGGUAUCAUAAAAUUGGAAAAUACUAGUUUCUUCAAUGCCGAAGAUGUGCCAGUUUCGAGUAACAAGAAAGUUAUCUCUAUCUUGGCAAUGGCCGGGAUCAAUAAUGGUCCAUUUUAUGGCGCCGAUCAAACGUUAUUUGUCCGUGCUUACCAAACCAUCGAAAGAGAAUCAUUAAGAGAAUUAUUUCAGUUUCAAAAAUUCGACUCAAAUUUGUCAAAGCAGCUGUUACGCAGCAUAAGGAUUAUCAUAGGAAGUGGUAUUAAAAUCACAUUUGUGGGAUCUAUAAAUGAUCAACUGGUACCACUGUACUCGUCUACAUGUCUUUUCGUCAAUCAUCCCAACAUCUUCAGGGCAACUUUCAUUGAUAGAGGAUCAAGAACACCAGCUUUCAUUACACGACUUCUCAAUAUCGCUGGCUCACUGCUGGAUCUUGGAUAUGAUGAUCAUGGUAUAAUUAAAGAGAUCAGUUCAUCCUUAGCAGGUACUUUAACUGGAGGAGGGCAUUCAACUGUCUACAAUGAGGCACAAGUUUAUGAACUAGGUAUCAGGUUUGCCUUAGAGACUACUGAUCUUCAGGCAGAUGUUCCAGUCGAGUUCAAACCUUUUAAGCUAGAGCAAUUAAGCUCUAAUCCCUAUCACCUACCAUGGUGUAUGAGAGGUCUGCUGUACGAGACAAAUGCACAUUUGGAACCGGCGGAGGUUCCUUGCUUGUUCUCCGAAUUUGAAGAAUGGGAGCCAGAGACCAAACAAUUGAAGGAUGUCAAAUACAGAUUGAACGGUCUCAAGUCCAAACUGUGA